UGUAGCAGUUUUGGAAAUGCGGCAGCUCUUGUAAUGUUUCCUCCUGGGCGGCAGGUGGCGCUGGACACAAACGAAACGCUCCACACCAACACAUGGUUUUUGUUUGGCAGAUCACAGCCGAAAGCGUUUAGAGAGAAGAACUAGUGUUGGGUUAUUCAGGGUUGUCUUUCCAUGAUGUGGCUAACAUGAGCAGCAGCAGCAGCAGCAGUUACCCCACGCCGGUUUACCCCCACGCCGGACGCGGAAGCUUCCAGGACGUGUACGAGCCCGCGGAGGACUCGUUCCUGCUGAUGGACGCGCUGGAGAAAGAUGCAGAGACGCUGCAGCAGAUGAGCCCCUGCGUGUGCGUGGAGGUGGGCAGCGGCUCCGGAGCGGUUUCUGCUUUUCUGGUGUCGGUGGUCGGACCUUCGGCUCUCUACCUCUGCACCGACGUGAAUCCAGCUGCAGCUCAGUGCACAGCCAGAACCGCCUGCUGUAACCGGGUCGCCCUGCAGCCCGUCAUCACAGACCUGGUGCAGAGUCUUUUGCCAAGGCUUAGUGGGAAGGUGGACGUCGUCCUCUUCAAUCCUCCAUAUGUGGUCACUCCAUCAGAAGAGGUGGGCAGCAGAGGUGUAGAGGCGGCGUGGGCCGGAGGAGAGCGAGCCAGACGGGUCACCGACAGGUUCCUCCCUCUGGUUCCUCAGCUGCUCUCCAGUAAAGGCCUGUUUUACCUCGUCACCAUCGCCGAGAACAAGCCAGAGGAGAUUAUCAGUUUAAUGAGCCAGUUUGGGCUGGAAGGAGAGACCCGCCUGUCAACCAGAGCUGGGAAUGAGAGGUUGUCGGUCCUGCGUUUCCAUAGAAACCAGCAGAGGUGACGGGAAAUCAUUUCAGGAAGGAACCAAUAGUUUCAGGAGUCUGGGAGAUGUGACUGUAACCGACCUGAACACUGAGGCCCCAGAGCGCCCCCUGCAGGAUCUGCUGCACCAUCACCGUUUCCAGCAGCAAAUCAAUCAUCUGUUGGUCCAGACAGAAAAGUUGAAGCUGUCAGUGAAGCAGAUCAGAAGCUGAGCAGCAGAAACCCAGAAGAACUGGAAGCAUCAGCAGGAGAUGAACUGGACCUCUAGGAUCACUGAUGCUGCAGCUGAGGAAGAGGAGGACGAUGAAGGUGAAGCUGCCAUCCUCAGACUUCCUGUUUAUCAACCCAAGAAAGCAGAAAACCUGCAGAAAAUCAGCUGAAGAAGAACCACGAGGAGCUGGAGUCGUCCGGCGCCCUCUAGUGGCUGAUUGAACUACUGCACUGGGAGAACUGGACCUCGACGCUACUGCAGCUCAGCGGCUGGUUUCUCUCUGAAUGGACCAAUCAGAACCAAAGAGGAUUCAGCUCUGAGACAAUCAUUUACAACUACAUACAGUAGUUACACAUAUGUACAACAUGUUAGCGUUUCUAAACACUUAGAGUUUAGAAAACAUAAAAAACUAUCAGGAGUUGUCAGAGGAAAGUUUUAAAACAUUAAAACUUAACCUUUGAAAUGAAACCAUAUAAUUGUUUACUAAAAUAUUUCUUCAUUGCUCCUGUAACAAUAAAACUUAAUAAAUAUCUUGUGUUUUUAUUAGACCUUUAUAUCAGUGUUUUCAGAGUCCAGGUUUCAUUUAUUAGAGAAACUCAACAUCUGCUUUAUUAUAAAUACAUUUUCUUUCUAGUUUUCCUUUUUUUCUUUUAAAAAAAAAGGAAACCCACCUAAAUUUAAAACAAAUUUAAAACAGUGAUAUCUAACAUA